AAGUGCAAUUGGAAACCCAGUAUCUGGUCGAAUGACUGAUCUGGGCAGCAACAAAAUGCCUGCCGCAGUGAUAAUGGGUGAAAAUUAUGAUAAACUUUUAGAGCAGUGCGAAACACAGGAGCUUGAGGCUCCAGGUGGCAUUGCUACCCCUCAAGUGUAUGCCCAGCUGUUGGUGCUCUAUCUACUGCACAAUGACAUGAAUAAUGCAAGGUACUUGUGGAAGCGAAUUCCUCAAGCCAUUAAAUCGGCAAACCUAGAACUGACGGCCGUGUGGGCCGUGGGUCAGCGUAUAUGGCAGCGAGACUUCCCCGGGAUCUACUCGGCCAUCGCAGCUCACCAGUGGUCUGAGAACAUCCUGCCAGUCAUGGAGGCCCUGCGAGAGACCACUCGUCGGAGGGCGUAUGGCCUGGUGGCCCAGGCGUACACCUCCAUCAUGGCAGAAGACUUUGCCGCCUUUGUGGGCUACUCCGUGGAGGAAGCCGUGAAGGGGGUGGUGAGCCAGGGUUGGCAGGCAGACCCUGCCACCAGGAUGGUAAUGCCCCAGAAGCCAGAUCCUCCCCCUGUAUCGCUGGUUCCAAACGAGCAGCAGCUGGCCAGACUCACUGACUACGUGGCUUUCCUUGAGAAUUGAUACAUUUCCUUCAGCCCUGUUUGUCUACCACGAGGAGGACACCAGAACGCCCCUUUUCCCAAGCUUAGAUGGACACACACGCACACACACGCAGGACCUCAAACUGACCCCCCUUGUGCAUGAUUGUGGUCAUGUCUUUUGUGGGGUAAAACUCAUUUUGAAUGGCUGGGCCUGGCUCCCCAGUAGGUGGACCUAUAUUCCCUCCGAGGCCCACCCAUGGUUGCGCCCCUGCUCAGUCGUGAAAUCCAUAGAUUAGGACCUAAUGAAUUUAGUUCAAUUGACUUUACAUGAACUGUAUCUCAGUAUAAUCUUUGAAAUUGUUGCAUGUUGCAUUUUAUAUUUUUGUUCAGUAUAGUAUUUGAGGAUGCACCUUAUCGCUACAUGCAUUUAUGUGGUUUCUCAAAAGAGUGGCGUGAACCUCUUCAGGUAAGAGAUGACUCAUCAGGUUAUUUAGAAAAUGUAGGCCCUUCUCUCCAACAACACCCUUCCAUCUAUAGACUGCUUUUCAAUUACGGUUUGUGUUUUGACUCGUGAAUAAAUGCUAUGGUUUGUUUCUAA